GCUAGGCGACGGCUCCUCCGGCUAGUUGGCUAAAAAAAGACAAUUUAGCGAAUUUAACGAUUAUAUUUUGGGUAUCAGAAAGUACAGGUUGGUUGUGUACUUGUUAAUCCACCUGGUAUAGUUUACAUUUAGUCAAAGAUGUCGUUGUUUGGUAAGUUAUUCGGCAGCGGAGGGAAGGGUGGGAAAUCGCCGACACCCCAGGAGGCUAUCCAGCGACUCAGAGAGACCGAGGAGAUGUUGGCCAAAAAACAAGACUUCCUAGAAAAGAAGAUAGACCAUGAGCUAAUGACUGCGAAGAAGAACGGCACGAAAAACAAACGAGCGGCUCUUCAGGCCUUGAAGAGGAAAAAGCGUUACGAGCAGCAGCUGAGUCAGAUCGAUGGGACGCUGUCCACCAUCGAGUUCCAGCGGGAGGCGCUAGAGAACGCCAACACCAACACAGAAGUGCUCAAGAACAUGGGCAUGGCUGCUAAAGCAAUGAAGGCUGCACACGAAAACAUGGACAUCGACAAAGUAGACGACCUGAUGGCAGAAAUCAACGAACAACAAGAAGUGGCUCAGGAAAUCUCAGAUGUCAUUUCCAGACCGAUCGGUUUUGGACAAGACUACGACGAGGAUGAGCUCAUGGCCGAGCUGGAGGAGCUGGAACAGGAAGAGCUGGACAAAAAUCUCCUGGGAAUCGAAGGAACAGAGGACGUCCCUCUACCCAGCGUACCAUCUACAUCACUACCAGCUAGACCAGACAACAAGAAGAAGGCGGAAGAAGACGAGGACGACAUGGCAGAACUCGAGGCCUGGGCAGCCCAGUAAGCUAGCUUGCCCGGCUAGCUAGUGCCCCCCCCGUCUGUCUCUCUGAUGCCAGACUGGUCCCAGACAUCUGGAGGAGAGUUAGGGACUCUGGGCUGCUGAGCUGGCUGCUGGCACGCUGCUCUGUCUUAAAGCCGACAUCUCAGUAUCUAACCAUACCCCAACCCUAAAGUAUGCACUUGUGCACAUGUUCACUGAUUUAAAAUGAAAUGAACCCCCAGGCUCUUUUCUCCUCUCUUUCUAUAAGGGCAGAGUAUAGAAAGCAAAUGCCCUAUCAGCCCUAUCAGUGUGUGGUUAUGUCUAUCUAAGUUCUCUUUUUAGGGAAAGAGACAGCAUCACUGCGCACUUAAGCCAGCCAGGAGUGCACAAGUGCAUACUUAGAGAGAAGGGUGUGUGGAGGAACAAAAUGUGGCUUGUUUCUGGGAAGAAUGUGAAGAAUCAACAGAUUUGUGGGGGGAAAGGACAGAAGUUGAAGAAAAAAAAAAAGCAAAAACCGAAAGACAAACACAACUCAGCCAUUUUUCUGCUUCUUGCUUUGAACUGUCUCUUCUAAGGUGACGACGACAACCCAUCUUCUUCCACGCCAUCUUUGCUAAAUCUCAACGGCGGCAAAAGAAAAAAAGAUUUAAGUGUAAAAAAUGUAGGAUUUUCUCAUUGAAAUAUCACUGUCGAAAUUACUGAAUAAGACGUGUUAAAGUGUUCAACUUUGCAGUGAAGUCAUCUUGUAAUCGAAGGAUCCAGAGUUUGAUCCCUCUGUCAGCCAUAUGCUCUUAUUGCCCACUAAUGCUGUUUAACCAGUUACCUUAAAAUAAAAACCUGGUUGUAAAAAAAAAACACAUUUUGAACAGAAGAGGCUUUUCAGAAUCAGUGAACACCACGAUGGUUCCGGUGCCAGAAUUUCACCGUUGCUUUGAGUCUAAUAAUGACACCAUCAAAACAGUAGAGGCUUUGCAGUUGCAUAUCUCACAUCUUCAAGCAAGCUCGUAGAAUUUGCUAAACUAAACAUAUAAUAACCUGAAAAAAGAUCAAUUCAGUGACCUUUCUUAGUGAAUAUUAAUGGAUAGUUAGUGUCAAAUACCUCUUACCAAACACAUCCCUUUUAUGUGGAGUGGGGUAACUUGAUUUUUUGAUUCAUCGUGCUACAAGAACAUGUUCAAACCUGCAAAUAACGAUUUAAAGACAGUGGAUUCAAUGCAGGUAUGAACGGCUGCUCCUCCUUUUUCUUACAGCAGUGUUGAAGAUACCAGUUUAAGUUGAACAAAAAGUGCAGCAUUAUCCCAAUAAAGGGUUAGACACCUUAAAUAGACUAUAACUACCUGCACCACAAGUAUAAAAUGUAAUCUCUUGAGUUGUAUAUUUUAAUUUUGGGUAAAUCAAAGUGAUAAGCCAGAGAGAGAUAACUUGGUUUACUGUAAAGUGUGCUUUGAACCUGCCACUCGUUGGACUUGUUGACAGGGUUUCAUUUCAUAGCUUGGAUAUUUUUAGGCACAUUCCUCAAGCUUUAACUUCUGCUGUGCAGCUGUAGUAAAGAGCCGCUGCUGCUGCCUCAGGCUAUGAAGCAGCGCUGUUAUCAUCAGACAUGCUCAGUAUUGUUACAACUUAUUAACUUAGCUUUAUUUAAAACUCUCGUAUGAUUAGUUUACUCAAACAUUUGAGUUUCUGUUAUCUGGGACAGUUUCAGCCAAUAUUUACAAAGAUGAACCAGGUUAGCUCUGUGAGUAGUUAGGUCAUUAGUUUAAUAAAGUGUUAACUACUCAGGCUGUGAAAUCACCAGAGUUAUUCAGGCCUGAGUUUGGAGAAUUCACAUAUUUAGAAGACACCGCUGAGUUUGAUUCAAUUGAGGGACUGAAAAUCAGGACAAAAAGACUUUUUCACAGAAGAUAUUUUGACUUGUCACAGCAAGAAAAAAAAAGGUGAUCAGGUUCCUGCUAUUGUGCAUGCUGGCUCACUAUCACGGCUCAUUGGGACACUUAGAACAUAACAGAGCCAUCGUUAAUCUUAAGGAGUUACACUAUUGCGUUUUUCUACUAUGUCGAGGCAAAAUGUCUGCUGUGGUAAAGUCCGUUUGUCUGUAUGUUCCCCAAAUUUAUGGAGAAUCCUUUCAAUGAGUAAUAUGAGAGACAGAGGCCAGACAUCGGUUGGAUAAUACUAGAGCUGCAAUCAUAAGUUGAUCAAGAAAUAUUAACCGUGAACUAUUUUGAUAUUAGAUAAAAUAAUUUGAAUAAUUUUCUAGAAAAAAAUGCCAAAACGUUCUGGAUCUUCUUAAAUAUAUAUUAGUCCUCUUUGAUAGGAAACAUAAUAUAUGUGGGAGGUGGACUGUUGGAUAGUACAAAAUAAUACAUUUUAGGUUGCAUUGUGGGCUUUGGGAAACAGUGAUCAACAUUUUCUGACACUUUUUAGGUCAAACAACUAAUUGAUUAAUUAAGAAAAUAAUCAUUUAUAAUGAAAAAAAUCAUUAGGUGCAGCCUUAGAUGGUACUUAUUCACCUAAAUUACACUCAUCUUUAUUGUUAUGCAGCAGAACUAAACAGUCUUCAUUAAAAACAUGAAUAGGUACGAAAAAAAAAUCCCAGAAAUCAAUCAAAGCUUCUUUUAAAUCCAAUGAUGCUUCAAACAUUUAGAGAUACAAUCAGCUGCUCCCUCCCAAUGCUCUCUCAGGAUUGAUGACUUCCAACAUGGCUGCCAGAGGGAACAUUACAACACCUUUGGAGGCCUCUGUUACUCAAUCUUAAAACUGCACGUGCCUGACACCUCCAACGCCUUUGCCUGCCCGGUUCAAACAGCGAUCCACUCUGAGAAAAUCCUACAUCGUUUGAGUUUAAAGAUAAUGUGUGUGUGUGUGAGCGCGAGUGUGUGAUGUUGUUUUUUUUGCCCAGCCUUCGACACAGUGACCUCUUGUGAUAGAGAUUGUUUAGAGAUGGUGAGACGAUUGUUAUAGGUUUUUUUUCUUUCUUUUUUGCUCAUGACUCACCUGUAGUGCAAAAAAUUUAGUAAAACUUUUAAAAAAGUUGAACAUUGAAAGCUGAAAAGUUAGGAAGUGUUGGUCCUUCAUGACAAAAAAAUGAUGUUAUGAGGAACGUCCAACUUCUGCUUAUACUACUCCACCACUUUCCGGCUGUAGCUGCACUUCCCUUCCUCUAUCAGCACACACACAUAUAUAUGCAUGGAGGGACUGGGGUCAAUCUAGUUCAAGCAGGAAGCUGACACUCCAAAUUAAAAAUACAGAAGUCUUUAUAGAAAUCACUUGCUUGACCCCAGUCCUGAUACUUAAAGACAGAUUAUUGAAGAGAAACAUAUGCCAAUAGAGUUUGUUUUCCUUUAUUAUUUUUUUUCCUUUUCUGUUUACCUCCAAUAUCAUUCAUAUUCUCUCUACCUGGCUGUGCAGAAACAGUGUAACCUGUAGCCAGUUCUCCUCAGAGCUGUACAAAAAAAAUGGUUGGACAUCGGAGAUUUUUCCGUGUGGCGGCCAUGUUGCUCUGUUAUCAUUGUUAAUGUGGGGUUGUAUACAGUUUAUCUAAAUAAAGUUGGGAUUUAAUGCAAGUUUGCGGCGCUGUUGCAUCUGUAAAUGCAGGAAUAUAUUUUCCUUUAAUGCUUUUCUGCAGUCAGUGAACAUCUGGAGCUUUGUUCUGUGUUUGCUGGCAGCUGGUAUUUUAAGCCUCUUGUCUUUCUUUUGAUCACCUAGAGUCUGAA